ACGAACUUCUUCGAGUACCUCGGCUUCGCCCCGGAGCACGGGGCCGUCGGAUCUUCUACCGAUCCUCAUCGCCUACUUCGUGUCGGCGGCCGAGACCGUCGGCGACAUCGGCAUGUCCUGCGUGGCCUCGCAGAUCCCGGCGGAGGGGGACGACUACAACUCGCGCAUCCAGGGCGGCCUCCUUGCAGACGGCGUCAACUCGGUCCUGGCGUGCCUCUUGAUCCACGGUGCGCCCCCCAACACGACGUUCUCGCAGAACAACGGCGUCAUCGCCCUCACGCGCUGCGCGUCGCGCGCGGCGGGCUUCGGCUGCGCCUUCUGGCUGAUCCUCUUCGGCACCGUCGGCAAGAUCGGCGCGGCGUUCGCCUCCAUCCCGAUCUGCGUCGUCGGGGGCAUGGUGCUGCAGUGUUUCACGAUGGUCUUCGUGGCGGGGAUGCAGAUGGCGACGACGAAGAGAACGCGCCGAAAUUCGUUCAUUCUGAUGCUGUCGCUGGGCCUCGGCCUCGGCGUCGCCAUGAUUCCGCAAUUGUUCGAAGGCGGCGGUGGAUUUUCGUUCUACGCGAAGAACUUGAAGUUCAACACGGGCUUCUGGCCGGAGAAGUACGUCUGCGAGGAGUUCAAUACUGGCACCGACGACCUUGGCAACACUUUCACGUAUGACGAAACAUAUGUCGACGCAUGCGCGAACAUGAACGGCGCUUGCUGCAAGUGUUACAGCCGUGAGUUGAGAGGGGUCCGCACGGCUAUCAUCAUGAUGUUGAAGACCCCUUAUUGCAUCGGCUUCCUCGCCGCCGUGCUUCUGAACCUCAUCAUGCCAGAGGACAUGGACGACGAGAAGGCGGACGGGGACACGGAGCCGCCGUCGAAGAACGAGGACGCGGACGAGGCCAUCUGA